AUGGACCCGACUCCGGUCGAAAGGCUUGCCGAGGCCUUCCGUGCACAGAAGAAGAAGCACGCUUUGCGUGUCCACUGUCAGAAGUACGAGGAACAUGCGGAAAACAUGACGUGCGACACCGAACCUGGCCCGCGCGAAGAUGUCAGGAAGGAAACCAUUUCAGAGACUCAGAGGCAGCAGCUUACAUCGAGGACAAGUAAUGGUCGGACCGAGCCCGAACAGUGGUUCACCGUGUGGUCGAUCUUGUUCCCCGACGUGAAUCCACCUAGUUCUCCCUAUCUAAAGACCGAGGUUGAGGAAACUGUCUUGACGGCCCAGGAAAUAUUCACGAGAAAUAGCUCAAGAGUCUUCACGGGCUUGAACUCCACGGUUAGACUUGGUGUCGGAGAUCUGAAUCAUGCCAUAGAGUCCAACGACACAACUCAAACCGUACCGCCUGGGAACCAUUUGGAACAGACCACCGAUUUUGUUCAGUCAGUUUUCGAGGAGCUUGCGAGGGUCAGCGUACCAGAGCCCGUUACCAACCAAGAUCCCGCGUCUUCGAGCGCAGAAACCUUAGAUCAGCAACUACGAGCUUCGGCGGACGACGGCGCCAUGGUGAAAACAGACUCUACUCAGUACGACGACAUAGAUCUGCCCGCCCAGUUUGAUAUGUGGGCUCCUGGACAGCCUGAGUCAACCACCUCUGAACCCGAAAACUUCUAUCCAGCAUCAGCUGAGACGUUGCCAAUAAUAUCGCAGUUGUACUCAGGUGAUGUAGCGCAAAGCAUGUUUGGGUUUCAAGGAUCAGAAGACUUUUCACCCUUCGAUACAAAUUUUGAAGCGCAGUCAGAAUGGGGAAGUGUGUUCAUUGGCCCAGAGGAUCUGAACUUCUGGCCUUUCUGA